AUGAACAGAUUGAGAGGCUUUAUAACAGAAAAGAAAGCGAGUUUCUCGUCACCGAUAAAGGACAAAGAUGAACAAAACAUCAAUGAGUACCAAUCAGCGGAAUUUGGUAUUGAUAGAUCAAAUCAAGGUUCCAGUUUUGCAGCAUUUUUCAACAUUGUCUGUGUUGUUGCCGGUACAGGUGCUCUUGGUCUGCCUUACGCAUUAGCUCUAGGAGGUUGGAUCGAUACCGCCCUUAUUUUGGUACGUUCCAUGUAUUAUGAUGGACAGAAGCGUUUGGGUUCCUAUCAAGAAAUUGCUGAAGAGGCUUUCGGAAAGAUUGGCGGCUGGCUAUCGUUCUUCUUUACCUCGAUUAUUUUGGUCGGUGUACCUGUACUCUAUCUUCUACUUUCCGGGCAAAAUUUACAUACAGUAGCGCAAGGCACAUCAGCAGAGUUGACCUUUCCCAUUUGGACGAUUAUUUGUACAGCUAUUUGCGCAGCACCCUAUUUAUUUUUCAGAAAUUUGAAAGAGAUCAGUUUACUAGGCAUAUUUGGUAUGUUGUCUACUGUUGUGGUUAUUUUGAUUGUUUUGGGCGUAGCAGUUCAAGAAGCGCCAGAUCAUGUAGGCGUGCAUCACGAUAAUGUUAUCUGGAACAUGUUCCCAAUUGCUCUUAGUUCUAUCUCUUUCAGUUUUGGUGGCAACCCUGUGUAUCCUCAUAUUGAAGGCAGCAUGCGUAAUCGUCAUCAUUGGUUUUGGACUAUCACUGCCAGCCUUAGUUUCUGUCUUCUUAUCUAUUUUCUAGCUGCUGUUCCAGGCUAUUACGUAUACGGUGUCGCAGCCAAAUCACCUAUUUACGACUCACUUUCCAACACCUACAAAGCCCCAAAAUUCGCCUCUAUCAUUAUCAUCACCAUUCAUCUGAUUCUGACUACACCUAUUUUACUCACCUCCUUCUCAAUUGAUGUUGAAAAGAUGUUGAAAAUCAACCCUGAACAUCGCUCUUUUUUCGUAGAAUGGGGUCUACGUUUCCUGCUCCGUGGCUGUCUUAUAGUCGCAAUCUGCGUCAUCGCUGUUUUUGUACCCUUCUUUGGUGAUUUUAUGUCUCUUUUAGGUGCGUUUGCGAACUGUGCAGUAGUAUUCCUGCUUCCUGUAAUCUUUUAUUAUAAGCUUACAGGUAUCCGCGGCAAGGCUUGGUGGGACUACGUGUUGGCGGUUUUGACCAUAUUGAUCGGCGUGGUUGGUUUAAUUUUUGGCACUAUUUCAUCAAUUGAGGCCUUGAACAGAGACUUCCACAGUCAAAAGUCUUAG